CGCCGACGGGGAGCCCGGGGAGCCCGGGGCGCGGGCGGCGCCGCGGGCGGUAAUGGCGGCGCGGCGCGGCCGCCCCGUCGCGGCUCGGCGGCUCACCUUCACGCGGCUCACGCUGGCCUCUAGACGCAGCUGCUGCACCACCUUCUUCAUGGCCGCCACGUUGGAGGAGCCCGACAUGGUGGGCGCGGGCAGGAGCGGCGGGCAGCGGCAGGCGGGCACACCCAGCCCCAACUUUCCGGCGCGUCCCAAACUCUCCCGCCCGGCGGCGCCUGCGCAACCGCCGCGCGCCCGGGGCCGCCAACGGCCGCCGCCGCGGGGGGCGCUGCCGGGAGCCUCAGCGGCAGCCGGCGCCGCGCUGGGGCGGUGCUGCGGGCGCGGAGAGGGGCGCGGAGGCGCGCGGUGCUCGCGGGCGGCCCGGGGGCGCCGGCCCGGCCCUGCCCUGCCCUGCCCCGCCCCCGCGGUUGCGCUGCCGGGCGCUGGCGGAGGCCGAGGCCGAGGCGCCCGUGUGAGACUCGCGCCGCCACACCUGACGAGGGCCCGCUGCGGGGGGUCCUCAGGAGGUUAACGGGCCCUGGCUCUCCCGUGGCCGAGCCCGUACUUCCGGGGAAGGUUGAAUUACUGGGAAAUGCGGUGCCUGAUGCUGGGGCCCUGAAUGCUCCCACGGUGCGUCCGAUGGCACAAUCUUACAUUUCUGUGUUAGGUUUCCAAUUGCUUCCUGAGAAAAGGCCCCUGAAACUGAGGAAACACAAAAAUGGGUUUUUUUUUUUUUUCGUUAUCUGUAUGGCAGAUUAGAUGAAGAAACAAUAUUCAGUCCAAGCGGAUGAAGCCUGGAAUAAUGAAAUGGAGUGAAAGUUACUGAUACAAAAUGCAAGAUCUUGCAUCUCUAUAGGCCUAAUAAGAAGAAUGUCUUCUACACCCUGGAAUGUCUUUGGUUGACACUGAGGAGAAGUGACUGGAUGUGCUAGCCAGGUCAUUUGUGAAUGCUCAUUGCAGUGUAGUCAUGAAAAGGACAUAGACCCUUUUAAGUAGAUUUUUCCUACGGACAGGAAGAAAUCUUAAUUGCACUGUACAGAACGUGGGUGAGACCUCAUCUGGAAGGUCUGGUCACUUACAUUGAAGGCAACCUGAAUUAGAACUAGAAGGGGCGCAAGGAAGAGCCGUUAAGACGAUAGGGAGAGCAGAGAGUUUGUUGAAACUAGCAAAAUGGAAGUGGAGAGGAGGGGCAACUGCUCUCCAAAUACAAGCACGGUAAACCCAAGGAAGAAGAGCUGCUCGUGUGAAAGGACACGUGCGACGGGUGAGUUUUUACCUGUGUAGGACAUCCAGCUAGGCUGAAACCCAGCAGGUUUGUAAGUGAUGGAAUAGUGUGAUUCUGGAACAGCCCUCAAUGAGAGUGCUGAGAAAAAUCCUAAAAACGCUGGGGUGGAGCCAGGGCAGCUUACGGAAGGAUUUUUCCAACAUGGUUGCCCGAUACGGUCGAGCUGCUUUGAAAUACUGUAUUUGGCCAGUGUAAUGUGAAAUGUGAGGUAUUAUAUGCAUGCCUUGGCUUCGGUUCACUGUAAUUGUCCUCUUACUAAAGAUAAAUCCAGACCUUGCAAGAAUCCCAUUUUGUGCCUUUAGAUACAUGAUGCAGUUGUAUAGAAAAUUAUAUGCAACUGAAGUGUUUUUAGACAAGGACAAAGAAUGUUAGAGGAAGUACUCCAGGGCAGAUCCCGGCAGAGCUGCGUGGCUGUGAUUGUGUUAUUCACCGAGUUACUUAGGUGAUCCUCGCUUCUGCAGGAGGUGUGGUGAGCCUGUUUGUCCACAGUUAGCUAGAAGCUUUCGGCCUCAGUCCAGAAAAAGCUUUUUUAUUCUUAGAAGUGGAAGAGAAAAAAGGUAAAUUAAAAUAAAAGAAAUUAAUGGAAUAGCCUCUCCCAUAACAGAUUUAUCAUGGAACUCAUUCUUAAAGAAUGCUUAGAUCAAAAAGAAAAUUAAAAAGUCCAUCCGGCAUCCACUGUGAUCAAAUGUGGGGAUCAAUAUGUUGUUCAGUCGAAUGAGACCUCCAACAUCACAGUUGGUGGAGCUUCAUGUUUUUUAUGUCCCGGAAGAAGUGUGGAACUUCAAGCUGAAUACAGUUUCUGCAGCUCUUUCUAGUAAAUUCAUCUCAGCUGGAUUUAUAAGGGUGUCUCCUCACAUCACACUAAGAGUGCUGCGGGAGAAGCUUGGAGAGUACCUGGGUGGAGUUGCAGUUGCAGAUAAAUUUAUAUUUUUAAAAUGCAUUGGGAAAAAACUAGCAGUGGUGAAAGCAAAGCAGGAAGCAGAACUGGAACUGAAGUCAUUUGCUCCUCCUUAUGCACUUUAUCCUGAAUUAUAUUUAUUACCUGGAGUGGAAUACUUUGAAGAUGUUUAUCCAUUAUCAUCAUCAACUCAGGAAAGACAUCACUUUAAUGCAGAAGCUAGUAGGUUUGGUCAUGGAUCAAGAUUAUCCUGUCUUCUCCCUCCAAAAAAUGUAAAAAGUAAACAAUUUUUAGAAAGCAGACGAAGCAGUCAUCUGCUAGAAAAUCAGGAAGUGCACAGUCCUGUGGAAUGGGGUGAGAAAGAGUCUGUUCUGGUUUUGCACACAAACCAUGAGCAAGACCAGAACAACAGGAUUCAAGAAAAACAGAUUCAGCUAAGAGAGAAAGAUCAAAAUGGAUCCAGUGGAGCUCUGUUUGUGCCAAGUAAUUCAAAUACUGCAGAUGGGGAAUCUAGGAAGAACUGUACGUUAUUACAGAAAUCUCAGCAAAAUCGUCUCAGCCAGGAUCAAAAAGAGCAUAAUGCUCCCGAAUGGAAUGACAAAGCCAAAAGAACUGCUCUUACUCUUCAUGUAAACCAAAGUGAUGAACAAAGCCAGAAUAACCCACCCCCCUCAAAUUACAUUAAAUAUCAAAAGGAACUAAACCCCAAAUUGCUAGUCAGAAACAUGGAAAAUAACGACCAUCAGGAAGAUACCAAACUAAGAAGGAACAGAACACAGGAUUCUGGAAUUCCUAAAACGUGGGAAGACCAAACCAUGGAAUAUAUACAUAAUAACCAAAGCUUGCAGCAAUAUAGAACUGGCAAGUCUGUAGCUGAUCCUGGUGAAAAACGGGAUAAUCAGGCAGAUGAGGACAACCAAAAUCAUCUUACAUGUCCAAAAGAAUAUCUUUCUCCUCCUUGCCCACCUUUUCUGGCACUUUCUGUGAACCCAGCUCAAGUUCCUGCAAGUCAGGCAGAAAAAAACAAGGUGGCAGAACAACUGCAGCAGAUGAAGAAAGACAGAAGAUGCAUGGAAAAAACUAGAGAAGACCUGAUCAAAAAAGCCAAGGGGCUACUGGAACAAAAUAAGCUGAGGAGAUACCAUGUUCGUGAGGAAUGGAAAAAGAAGUACUUCGAAACAAAGAAAGCUACAGUUUCACUGGAGGGUAUUUUAAACAAACUACGACAAGAUUUAGAGCUUUACUACCAGAAAUUACUUUUGCAACUGGAAGCCAGAGAUACCCGAAAACGACCAACUAAUACAACAAAUUCCAAGAAUAACACAAUCAUCCGGAUUAUUACAGUACAGCGUGAUAUUGAUCAACUGAGGAGGCAGGUGGAUGACACAAAAAUGAAACUUGUAAUAGAAAUCAAGAUGAGAAAACAGGCAGCAUCUGAUUUACGAGCACUGAGAGCAGAGCUGACGCAGAAGAAGAUUCAUUCAGCUUUUAUUCUCCAGUCUGGAAAAUCAGGAAUUUAAGGAGAUGACAUAACUUUGCAGCUGUAAGGUCUACUGAAGCUCUGUAAUGUAUAUAGAAGCUCAAAAUUUCAAAGCUUUUGUUUUUAUAUUCUUAAAGUUCUGUUGUAAAAAAGACAUCAAAUAUGUAAAUGCUGUGGAAUUUGUAUACUAAGCUACUGAGAUACUGCAACUCACUUCUCUUUAAAUCUCACUCUUAUUGUAACACUACCCAGCUAAUUAAACAUGCAGUUUAACAUA